AUGCUUUGGGACAAAGUAUUCAUUACGUCCCUAUUGGGAUUCGCAGCAAGCUCAGCAGCUACCAUUGUAGCCACCGAUGAAGCCCCUCUGAUCGGCCCAGCCUUUAUUUCCAAUUUCGAUCCCUCAAAUUCAACAGCAAUACAUAAUGCGAAAACGAAGUUACCUCGCCUUAUAGAAAACCUCUUCUCCAAGGGAACCCUCAACCGCACAGACCUGGCCUUUCACAUCGACGUGUUCUCGGCAGCGACAAACAAAUCCAUCUAUAGCUAUUCGCAUGUCGGGAAGGAUGCGAAUAGCACAUUGACUGCUGGAGUCCUCAAUGAGAAGACGAUAGCGCGCAUCGGAAGCGUCACCAAGCUCUUCACGGCCUAUGCCAUUAUCGCCAAGGGUGGCAUGGAAGUGUUCUCCCAGCCAGUUACAAAGUUCCUGCCUGAACUUGCUGGUAACUCUUCUAAUGAUCCAUUGUUGAGACUCGAUUGGAAAGAUAUAACUGUCGGGGCUUUGUUGUCUCAGCAAGCUGGCACCGGAGGACCAGGCGAUUUUCUAGAGAAAUAUUACAACCCCGAUGACCAAUUGAACUACUCGACUAAAGAUUUCCUAAAUUUCAUGCGCGACGAUAAACGGCCUGUGAUCUCCCCAUACCGCAAUGCCGUCUAUUCCGAUGCCGGGUUUUCUAUUCUGGGCCAAGUUCUCGCUCGCCUGACUGGCAAGAAAACAUACAGUGAAGCAAUCCGCGAGACCAUUUUCAAGCCAUUGGGGCUGGAUAGCAUGUCGACAAAGGCCCCGAACGGUACUGGCCUGAAUGCGAUCAAUCGAAAGCCAGUAGACGCGAAUUCAUCAUGGGGAAUUGAUAUAGAAGUUGUGGCAUCAUCCGGCGGUAUCUACGCGAAUGGUGCAGACCUUCGGACGGCAGGUCUAUCCAUCCUCAACUCCGAGCUCCUCUCGCCCACCAAUACCUCCGAGUGGAUGAAGCCUCGCAGUGGCACGGGCACUAUAGUAGAACUUGUCGGGGCACCGUGGGAGAUUACUCGUCUAGAGAUCCCCGUGUCUCCUGGCUCAAACCGCACCCGAAUCUCAGACUUGUAUACCAAGGCUGGUGGUAACGGAGACUAUACCACCAUCUUCGCCCUUUCUCCAGACCAUGGCAUUGGCUAUUCGAUUCUCAUUGCCGGGCUUACCGCCUCGGCUGCUCGCUGGCCUCUUCGCGAUACAGUUGGCGAAACAUUCAUCCCUGCUGCAGAACACGCAACCUGGGAAAAUGCCCGGCGCAACCUUGCGGGCACAUUCGCUGAUAAGUCUGCGCCAGGUACCAACCUGACGUUGACCGUCGACAAGGGCCGGCCGGGCCUUGGAUUGGGAGCUUUCUGGGUCAAGGGAGAGAAUGGCCGUGACCAUGACCAUUGGCGCAUCUACCCAACUGGACUUAACUCCGUCUCGCGAUCUCUGUCGGCCCUCUACAAGAGUAAGGGUAAGAUGCGUGUGGCACACCGCAUGGUACAGCCAAUGCCGCCAAUGCAGCCUCGUGCUGCCGUGGAAGGAGGCAAGGGAGGAUUAUUCGAUAACUCGUUCACGUGGAUGGACAUCGAUUUCCAGGGUCCUGCUGAUGAGUUGAUUUUUGAUCUUGUUGAUGGGCGACUCGUUGGUGUUGAGCUUCCGGCGACUGGUUUGGUCCUUGAGCGGGUUAAAUAG